AUGGAGGAUUAUUAUAGAGAGAAUGAAUUCUUAUUAGAUGAAUUAUUUGCUUUAAGAAGUGAUUUAUGGGAAAGUACUUGUCUACCUAUGGAAAUAAAUAGUAGUAGUAAUUUCUAUUGUAACAAUAAUUAUGAUUGUUUUGGGGAAAUUCCUCUUCCUUCUACUACUGCAACUACUACUACUUCUUUUGAAGACUACUAUAAUAAUUUUCCAAUUGAUCAAAGCCAAAACUAUUCAUUAUUACAUAGUGAUUUUUAUAGCACACAAAAUGUAGAUGUAUUGUCUCCACUUGAACUCACUAAUUCUUUCAAUUCCCCUUUUACUUCCCAAUUAGAAAAUUUUUCAUCAAUAUACUUUGAUGUUGGAAAUUUUGGUGAUUGUAAAUUGGAGAGAACUCAAUCAACUGCAUCGUCAGCUGCUAUAGCUCCUGCUAAUUUCAAUAUUGGCGUUUGCCUUGAUAAAAAGGCGAAAACAAAGAAGGUGAAUGGGGAGCCUUCUAAAAAUUUAAUGGCUGAAAGAAGAAGAAGAAAAAGGCUCAAUGGUCGUCUUUCUAUGCUUAGAUCUAUUGUUCCUAAAAUUAGCAAGAUGGAUAGAACGUCAAUCUUAGGGGACACUAUCGACUACACAAAGGAACUUCUUGAGAAAAUCAACAAUUUGCAACAAGAAAUGGAACUAGGGUCAAAUCAACUAAGCUUGAUGAGUAUUUUCAAGAACGAAAAGCCCAUCGAAAUGUUUGUCAGAAAUUCACCUAAGUUUAAUGUGGAAAGGAGGAAUAAUAUUGAUACAAGAGUGGAGAUUAAUUGUGCAAGCAAAUCUAGUCUUUUGCUAUCGACAUUGACCACACUAGAUGCCUUAGGCCUAGAGCCUCAACAAUGUGUUAUAAGUUGUUUCAAUGAUUUUGCAAUGCAAGCUUCUUGCUAUGAGGAAAUGGAGCAAAGAGGAGUUACAAAUACAGAAGAAAUAAAGCAGGCACUAUUCAAAAAUGCUGGAUAUGCAGGAAAAUGUCUCUAG